AAUACACAACAAACAUGGCACUAAACUCCAAGCUGAGGGAUCUAAUCCUAAACACCCGCGUACCACUGGUCCUAAACCAAUUUCCGCUGGAAUGGGAGUGUUUCGAGGGGUCUCUGCACGACUGGUGCGAGCGGUUUGACCAGGAGGCCAUCGAUCCUCCAGCUUUUGAGCUGAUGGCCUUGGCGGACAGCAGUACACCACAAUGGGAGCGGAAACGAACUAAAGUCAGCCACAUGGGAAUGCAGCAGUUCCUACGUGAGUACGGCGUCCUCGAUGAGGAUCACACACACUGGGCGGCGUACCAGUACAAGAGAGCAAACGAGUUGCCCGCCAAUAGCCUGAAAGGAAUCGAUUUCUCCUGCUUCGGAUUCGCAGAGCACAACAACGACUUUAGCUUUUGGGUGGGAUCGGAGCAUGCCAACACACCAUGCCACUACGACACCUUCGGCGUUAACAUUGUGGUGCAAGUGCAUGGCUGCAAGUCCUGGCUACUCUUCCCACCUGAAACGCCGCUGCAAAGCACACGGAUUCCCUAUGAGGAGUCUAGUGUCUACUGCUUAGAAAACUUCUACGCCCCGGAUCCAGAUAAGAUUGAACGAUAUGAAGAACUAGGCCGGGAGGCCUACCAUUGCAACCUGCAGGCUGGCGAUGUGCUCAUCGUCCCGCGCCACUGGUGGCACUACGUCGAAGCCAUGUCCUCGUCGCUGAGUGUCAACUACUGGGUGCCGCUGAAAGUGGACAUGGACCUGGCCCUUGACGAAUUUUUGGUCAAACAUAUUGUUGAGAGUUUCGUCAAGGGCGAAAGCGAUCAGUUGAAGCAAUAUCUUCUUAAUCCCAACCAACUGGCAGACAUCUCAGCCAAGCCAAGCGAACUCUUUGCCCAGUUCGAGCGGGCGGUUCAGAAUAUGGAAAGCGGUCAAAGCAAUCGAAAGCUCUGGGAAACAGAUUACCUCAGCCAGGCGGACUGGAAGAGCAUCCUAAAUAGCAUCAAUCUGAAUGUGCGCCCUUUAGAGGUGAUCCCCCACGAGGAGUACAAAAAGCUCUUAAACUCCAACUCUAAGAGAUUUCAAGCACGUACCAUCCCACCAGAGCUUACUCCCAUCAGUUCCACUUGGGAGCUCCUCGUGAGCAGCAUGUGUGCUCCGCGGGUCAUUGCCGGAAUGAAGAGAGAGUUCUUCCGAAGACUGCGACAAAGUGACGCGUCAUAGCAAAACACAAAAGUAUAGGGAAAGAACGUUUACUGUGAUGCGUGAUAAUAUUUUUGCAUAUAUGAGAUUAAAAUCCAAUAAGCCAUCAACAUGUAUCAUACAAUUUCCAAACAGAACCAGAACACGGAGCAUUAAA